AUGUGUCUUUAAUUUUCGAGUAAGAGUAUACCUAAGGAAAAUAGUAAUCACGGUUGUGUCAUGCUACUAAUAGCAAUACUAUUGAGAAAGAAAUCUAAAAAUAGAAAGUCGUUCUCGUUACGACAAUAACAAAGUACUCUCGUAACAUUACGCAAGUAUUGACACCAUGCGUUACGUUGCUGCUUAUCUUCUGUCGGUUCUUGGAGGAAACAAAAAUCCUUCUAGUGAAGAUAUUGAGAAGAUUUUAGGAAGUGUGGGUAUUGAAGCAGAAAAACAAAAACUUGACAAGGUUAUUAAAGAACUGAAGGGAAAAGAUGUAAACGAAGUGAUGGAGGAAGGAAGAUCAAAACUGGCUUCUGUGCCAUUAGGAGGUGGAGUUACUGCUGUUGUAGGUGUUGCCGCUGAUACAAAAGAAACUACAGAGGCUGUGAAAGUUGAAACAAAAGAAGAGGCAAAGAAAGAGGAAUCGGAAAGUUCUGACGAAGACAUGGGAUUCGGGCUUUUUGAUUAAAAUUCCCUGUUUAUUGCUUGUUAUUUAGAAUAAUUAGUUUUAAUAGUUUUAGAUGAGGUUCAUAAAGUACAAGUUUAUAUCCAAAGAUGUUAGAGAAUCUAGUCAAGUUUUCUUGUUUAUUUAUUAACCUCAAUAAAUAUAUCUCAAAACCUAA